CUAGAGGGGACCAUUUGCGAAAUUGCCUUUGUUAAAUCUGUGCUGUUUCCCUACGCCAUUGGCGCUCUCCCUACCGUUCUGUCAGAGAAAUGGUCAGACCCAGCCUUUGCCGCUUACCGUGAUGCCUUCCCUGAAGCCCAUCGAGAAUCGCCCAAAGCUCUUCAGGCCCAUGUAGAAGACCUCACCGCCCGCGAUGUCAAAGUCGCCUACCUCAAGAACUUGCAAGGCUAUCUCUGGGAGGAGGGCUACAAGUCCGGAGCGUACUCCACGCCGCUGUUCCCGGAUGUGGUGCCCAAGUUGAGAGACUGGCGGAGGAGGGGAUUGGAACUGGCGAUCUAUUCUUCCGGCAGUGUCUUUGCACAGAAGCUCUUGUUUGGGCAUGUGCAGGCUGAGAGCAGUGAAAGCGGAAGUCACAAGAAGGUUGAGGACUUGACGGAGCUUUUCGGCGAUGAAGCUUGGUUUGAUACGACCAACGCUGGACUGAAGACGGAGGCAAGCAGCUAUGCCAAGAUAGCAGAAUCGCUCAAGCCAUCGACGAUGCUCUUCCUCAGCGACAACGUCAAAGAGGUCGAUGCCGCUAUCGAAGCUGGCAUGCAGUCAAUACUCGUGGACAGGCCUGGUAAUGCUGCCGUGUCAGAGGCCGACCGAAGUAGACUCCAAGUCGUUACUUCACUGGACGAAAUCGAGAUCACCGGGCAGUCGAAGAAGUGA